GUUAAUUGGUUUGAUUGCAAGAGGAAAAAUGUCGAACGAAAUAGAAAACUUGAUUCAUAUGCUAUCCAUAAGAGAUGAGUUUGAUCAGAAUUAUAAUGGGUCAGGAGAGCAAGAUAGAAACCAUCAAGAUUCCCACCAACUUAGAUUUGAUUUACUUGAUGAGGACGAUGAUGUUAUAAUGCUUGAAGAUGAAAAUGAUGAGAUACGAGAGAUAGAUCCCAAUGAUCCCAGUUAUAAAUACAGCUAUCAAUAUCAGUCUAAAGAAGAGGUUGAAGACAUCAUUAUUAGCCCAAAGAGUGAAAAUCAAUCUAUUUUGACAAUUAUUAAGAAUAAUAGCAAACUAAUUUUGAGUCCCACAAAGAUAGGAGUUAAGUUGGCUUUAAAUCAGAAACCGGUCAGUAGAUUGAUGAUUGAAUACCCAGUAGAGGAUAAUAAUAAUAGAAAUAAGAAGGAAAAUAAAAUAAGAUUUAUAAAUGAAAACCAAAAAGAUGAAUCAGUAAAUAAUCAAAUAAAUAACCAAAUAAAUAAUCAAAUUGUGAAAUUGAACAAUCCUACUUAUAAUGAUCAUAUUCAUAAUAAUGAUAAUGAUGUUGACGACAACAAUGGUAGAGGGGCUGGGGUUUAUAACAAUUUCAGUCAAUCACUCUUCUCAUCUUCUGGGCAAUAUUUUGUAGAAGAGCCAGAAAGUGGUGAUGAUUUUAAUCAAAGCAAUAAUUAUGACUAUAAUAAUCAUAAUAAUGAUAAUGAUAACAAUAACGGCUAUAUUGGUAACUUUAAUGGUAAUAAAAAGUUCAAUUAUAACAAUAACAAUUUUUUCAAUAAGUACAACAAUGAUAAUGUCAAUUCCACCUUUCAAUUGAGCCCUAGCGAUAACUCCAAUUUGUUUCCUAAUCAACCUGAGUUGGUUUCAAAUCCCUCGUUUCAAAUUCACAAUCACUAUUACUACAAUUCUAAAGAUCCAGUGAAUAGAAACAUCCAAAGUUUACAGAAAAAUGAAAUGAGCUAUUCCAAUGAAUUAAAUCAUUCAAAUGAAAUCAGUAAUAUAGAUAAACAUGCCCAUGAGAUAAUAGGUUAUAGACAAGAGUAUGAUAGCUUGAGCAAUAUUGAAAAUCUUCCCCAACCAUGGAAAUCCUCAUCAGCUCCCAAGUAUCAUUUACCUUAUGUAUUAUCUUCAUAUUUGCAGUUUUUUUGCAAUUUCUUGACAACAGGAUUUAUCCUCUUUUUAGGACUAAAACUUUACCAGAGCAUUAAAUCUGAUAUGAUGAUACAACUUCAGGAAAAAAAGGAGAAAUUGUUGCUUUCAAAGGAAAUCUGUCUUAACAAUUAUAUAAGAAAUCACUGCGAACCCGAAAAAGUUGUGCCAGCAUUGAUCAAUGACUGUUUAGAGUGGAAGAGGUGUUUAAAUCGAAAUCCCGAGUACAUAGAUGGAUCAUCAAGCUUGGUUGCCCAUAUUUUGGGAGAUUUUGUCAACUCGUUAAUCGAGCCUAUUGGAUUGAAAUCAGUUUUGUGCUUAUUUCUCUGGAUAUUCAUCUCUAAUAUCGUCUUUGGAUAUAUCAGAGGAGUGACCUAUUUUGGUCGAAGUAUUGCUAACAGUGUGAAAACGAAUAAAAAGGAUCAGUAAAGUGCUAUAAUAGCUGAGCAAUAACAUAGUAUACAUGGUAUAUAAGUGAUAUAAUACAAAAUUGAUAUCCAUAAAUAAAAUAAUCUAUAAGUGAU